AUGCCGUCAAAGCUGGCAGAUGCCGUUGCGGCGAGCCAGGGUGCAGAGAACCAAAGUGGCCUCGUCGAGCGAAUUACUUGGUUAGAAUGCUUCACGGACAAGGAGCGCACGUCCGAAUUCUGUGAGGCUACUGACCCAGCAGGCAACCUCGAGUCCAACAGCUCGACAGGACAUAAGGAGUACCAAGACAGACUCCGUGCCAUUGCUCUCCGCAAGGAGGGCUUCGAAAAGGCAGAGAUCGCCGAGGCCAUCGGCCGUCCAGCGAAGUUCGUGCAGACGUGGUGGCGGAAAGAGCCAAAAGAAGUGCCGAAGCCCGCAGGGGUUCACGAUUACCUGAGAACGGACUUCUGGCGAGACAUCGAAAUCGUUCGUGGUUUCGGCAAAGGGCAAAGGAUCUAUGAGGAUGCCUUGACGAGCAUGGAUUGGGUCCAGCCCAUGGCCGACGGUCGUGAGUUCAAGAAUGGAGGUGGGUACAGGCUCAAGUAUGACAAAGAAGGCCGCAUGCGGCCGCAGGGCAAUCAGCACGCGAAGGAUGGUGUGAUACCCGGCAGACUGCCAGAGCUUGACAAGCUGAUGCAGAAGGUGAUGGUCGAGCAGGGUAUCGACGACCGUGUGCUGAAGAGGCCAGGCCUGUUGUGGUAUCCUGACGGCCAUGCAGAUGCCAUCGUGCAUCGGCAUGAGGCAUGGACGGCAUUGAUGUCCUUCGGCAGUCCCCGAAUUCUGACAAUUGACGGCCACCCGGUGCUCCUCCGCGACGGCGACCUCAUCGUCUUCGGCACCCAGCGACACGGUGUGCCAAAGAUGUGCUGCGAAGGAUCUACUUUCGGCGACUACGGUGGCCGCAUGUCCGUGGUGAUGUUCUUCAUGCCCACCGGCCAACAAGCCUCAGGCGCAGCACCAUGGAAGGCCAUCCACGACUCUGGGCCAUCGCGCAAGGCAACUGCCAUGCUCCGAGAUGCUGAUUUGGGCCACGACGCGCAGGUUACGGGCCUGCUUUCGGGGGAGCGGGCUUCGGAGAUGCAGCAGCUCAUGGAUAUCGGCUUCGAUGCUCCGCAGGCUGCGACCGCGCUGAAUGCUGCCGGCUUCGACGUUGCAGCGGCCGUGGAGAUGCUCUUGAACCGAAGUGUCCCGCUGCUGGCAGACAACUGUGAGGCUUGCGUCGACAGGUCGGGGCAGAUUGCAGCUCUUCUAUGUCGCUUGGAGGAGAUCCAGGCCUCGAAAUGGGUGCUGCUGCAGGACGGUUCUGCCGAAGCUGCCGCUGCAGCAGAGAAUACGGACUGGGAGGAGACUGCGAUCCUUGAGCAGCUGGAGGAGCUACAGAAGGAUGAGGAUGCAGGCAACGCGAACCUGGCCGCUCAGUUUGCGCAUUACGAGGAAAUGAUUGAUGCUGAAGAUGCUGAGAACUGGGAUGGACGUGGGGAUUUGAUGGUCCGAGAGUGGCGGCGGCUCCAUCUUCACAUCGAGCAGCAAGACCCGUCCACGUGCUAUGCCCUGGGAUGCGGCUCGAUGACGGAGAGGUCCUUUUUCGAACUCCUGUCCCUUCAUUCCAUCCGCGUGCUCUACGACUUCCGUUCGGACGGCGAGCAAGGCCCCUCGCACUUCAAGCCAAGUCAUCUGGAGGGUGCUUGCAAAAGGCAUUCAGUGCAUUACCGCUUCGCGCCCUUGGGCCGCGAAGGGGCAUACGGCAUCCUGAAGCACCUCAAGGAGGACGAGGGCCGCAACAUGCUGGCCGAGCUGGUAUGGUGGGCUCGCCGCAAGCGGACAGCCUUCCUAGGCAAGGAAGAGGACUGGCGUCAAGAUCAUCGCGCUGCGGUCGCCUCACGCUUGGCUGUUGCCGGCCAUGGUGUCAAGCACGUGUCGGCAGAUGGGGCUCUUGAGGACCAUCCGUAUGAUUUUGAGAUGCCCGACUUCAUCGCCGGUGAGGAGGUUCGCCUGCGGCGCCUGGAGAAGCAGCGACUCGCUGGUGAUCUGGCGCGGCCCACGAAAUCCGCAACCUCACGUAGCACUGAGGUGGUCGCGCAGCGGCUCACCCAGCCGCAGAAGGUCAUUGAUGCCGCAGCCGAGCUGCGGAAAGCGAACACUCAGGUUGAGCUCUGCCGCAUUCAACGGCGCCUUGCGGAUGUCGAGCGCAGAUCCGCCUCCUCGGAUGCUAAAGCGGGCCUGGGACCGAAGCUUCUGCACGUGAACAAGUGGGUAAAGGCCCAGGCCGAGGAGCAGCGGGAGAACUUGGCUGCGGGAAAGACUAAGGAUGGCAAAGACAAGGACAAACUUGCCGCAGGUGGGCCAGCACCGUCCUAUGUCUGGACGGGCAGCGGAGGAACAUGCGGUGGCAAUCCUGACUUCCUUGCUGCCAUCUCUUCUGACGAUGUGCUGGCGGCUCCCACCUCCGAGCUCUCGCUCUCCGUCGACGGAGGCGGCUCCGGCGGCUCCGCGGGCUCCGCGGGCUCCGCGGGCUCCGCGCUUCGAGGCAUUGCCUGCAGCGAAGCCGCAGCAUCGCCAGGGAGAGCGGAUGGUGGCCUCGCCAGCGAAACGGCGGCAGCGGUCCAGGAGUCCAUGCACGAAGCCCCGGAAAACUCUGAGCCCUUGCGCGAGCCGCUGUUGAACUGUCGCAGAUGGGCCAAGCGUCAGGGAAACGGUGCUGCCUGA